GGACCCCAACCGACACAUUCACCCAGGCUGUAGGCAAUGAAUCGUUUAUUUGGGCGUCUCCGACCUGGAAAGAUGGCGGUGGCCAAGAAGGCUCGAGAUGGCCCAGCAGUCGAGGAGUCACGGCCUCAUGCGGUCGCAUCUGGCUUCGCCAUCGCAAGGAACAUGCACCACAAGCCCGGCCCAACCUGGACAAUGGAAGCCGUCUCAAAAGAACGUUUGCCACACGACGCGGAAAAGGAGUUUUUCCAUUUCACUAGGGGUCGAUUCAUUCACAACGAGCAACACGAGCUGUCGCAACGCCAUCGAACAUUCAACGUCGCCGAACUCGCGCGGCACGCAGCGCACGCCGUACAGGCAGAUCGCUGCCUCAGAGUCACAAAGUGCCCUGAUGGCAUGUACAAUCGAGUCCUGCUGUUCUCCAUGGACAAUGGAAAGGAAGUGAUUGCCAAAAUUCCCAAUCCUAACUCUGGUCGGCCUCAUUUCACCACUGCGAGUGAAGUUGCGACGAUGGAAUUCGCUCGCGAGGUACUUGGCAACCCAGUGCCCAAAGUAUAUGCUUGGAGCUCACGAGCGCAGGAGACUCUUGUGGGCGCAGAGUUCAUUCUGAUGGAGAAAAUGAAUGGCAUGGAGCUCGAACAUUUCUUCCCAGCAAUGAAAAUUCAAGACAGGCUGGAAGUCAUGAAAACCGUUGCUCGCUAUCAGCAAUCCUGGGCGUCUGUCUCAUUUGAGCAGUUCGGAAGCCUCUACUUUGCCGAAGACGUUGGCGGGUCGGCUCAUUCGCCAUUGACUUACCUCGAUCAUGACGGGCGUAAAGUGACUGAUCCGAGAUUUGUCGUUGGGCCCUCAACAGGGCGGGAAAUGUUUGAUGAUGGGAGAGAGGAUAUCGAAUUCGAUCGGGGGCCCUGGAAAUCGCUCGAAGACUACCACAUUGCCAUUGGAAAAAGAGAAUUGGCAUGUGUACAACACAUCUCGCAACUCCCGCCAUCUCCCGUGUCGUUACGUGGACCCGGUCUCUAUCAGCCGACACGCGAGAAGAAAGUGAAAGCCCUGGAAACUUACCUCAAGCUAUUCAAGCACCUUUUGCCCACUGAUAGCUCCUUACGAUCAGCACAUCUCUGGCACGGGGACCUCCACGGGGGAAACAUAUUUGUGGAUCCAGCCAAUCCCACCCAGAUCGUAGGACUCAUUGAUUGGCAAUGCAUAGAGUUAUCCCCUCUGUACUUCCGCGCUCGUCAACCUCAUUUCAUCGACCACGAAGGACCAACCAUACAUGGCCUCGGGCGUCCCCCAUUACCGCCAAACUACGACCAGCUUGAGGCCAGCGAAAAAAGAGAAGCCAAGGCCUUGUACCUUGACCAAUCGCUGUGCGCAUUAUACAGGAUUUUUGUGAAUAAAAUAUGCCCGAAAAUUUACGCAUGCUUCGAGUUCCAGGAGUCCUCGGCAUUCAUGCUCCUUCUCCUCGCGCGCAAUAUUCUCAUCGAUGGAGAAGCGGCGUACAUGGUGCAAGCGUGCGAGCUGAAGGAUGACGAUGAAAUGUGGCAAACCCUCACCGGAGGAGGAGAAGCUCCAGGCACUACUACUGCAUUUCCGCUUUCCUUCUCCCCCACAGAGCUGCAGACUAUUGAAGCGGAUAUGGAACUUGCCGAGGUCGGUAUGGCUGCCAUGAGGCACAUGCGCGAGAUUUUGGGAGAGGAGCUUUUCCCCAUAUCGGGUUAUGUAUCGCCUGAUCGAUAUCAAGAGGCUGUGGAUGCUAUUCGGCAGACGAGGGAGUUGGUGUUGGCUGAGUUGACUGGAAAGUAGAGUCGGGGCCGGACAGUGGAGUGUUGUUGGUGGUGGUGGUGGUGGUGGUGGUGUAUGUAUAGUGAGCGAUAUAUGUAUGAUACCUGGUAGGAUCGGAUAGAAUAGAGUAGAACAGAAUAUCAAACCCCUAGGAGCCCAG